AUCAAUGCUCUUUUCUGGCCUCCAAAAGCACUUGAACAUACAUGGCUACGCACGCACGCACGCACGCACGCGCCCUCUAAAAUCACUGUCCUUGUGACUAAUGAAAACAACCAAACCCAGCCCCCCCAACAGUCCAAUCAAAGGCCCAUUCUUGCCUUUUCCUCGUAGGCCAAUCCUCCCCGUGUAUCUCAAUGUUUACCUCUGUUUUGCUGGGACAGAUGCAAGUUCCCUCCUCACAGCACUCGGAGACAUGGGCAGGAUUACUACAAGUUUGAGGCCAGCCUGGUCUACACAAUUCAAAGCCAAUCAGAGCUAAAUAGAGAGACUCUAUCUUCAAAUGAGUAAUGCUCCCUCCAGACUAGCACCAGGAUCAGGAGCCCCAGCUUCCUGACUCUGCUUUGGGCUCAGCAGUCACCAGCAAGACACUCCAUCCCCCUGCCACCCACCAUUCAUGUUCCCAAUUGGAGCGCGUCUUGUCUUCUGUCCCAUGUUCCCUCUCCUCUUGGGUUCAUGUGCUUUCUCAAAUCAUGUUGUCUGCCUCUCCCUGAGUUAAGGGGGCGUCUAGACAGUCACUUUGUCAUGGAGAUUCUAACCCACCAGACCUUCCUGGUCUCACCAGGUAGGGCACUGAAGGUGGGUGAGGGGAGAGUUGAGGAUUGCUAGCAGGCUGUGGCCAAGUCAAGCUUCUGGCUCCCAAAGUCACCGAACCUUCCUGUCUGGAAGUGAGGCUGGCAGGAGCCAUGGGUGGAUUCCCAGAAUCUCUGGGUCUGGUAGGCUGGGGGCAGGGCCAGGUGCUGGACAAACAGAUCAAAGGUGAGUGAAGCUGGGCCUGCAGAGCUGGACGGCACAUCAUCAUGAGGCCGCUGAUCUCGCUGGGCCUGCUGUGGAGCUUGGUGAGCACGCUUUUGGCCUCAAAGUGGCCUGAGCCUGUAUUCGGCCGCCUGGUGUCCCCUGGCUUCCCAGGGAAGUAUGCCGACAAUCAGAACCGGUCCUGGAAGCUGGCUGCACCUCCCGGCUACCGUCUGCGCCUCUAUUUCACCCACUUCAACCUGGAGCUCUCUUACCGCUGCGAGUAUGACUUUGUUAAGUUGAGCUCAGGGACCAAGGUGCUAGCCACACUGUGUGGGCAGGAGAGUACAGAUACUGAGCAGGCGCCUGGCAAUGACACCUUCUACUCACUGGGUCCUAACCUGGAGGUCACCUUCCACUCAGACUACUCCAAUGAGAAGCCAUUCACAGGAUUUGAGGCCUUCUAUGCAGCAGAGGAUGUGGAUGAAUGCCGAGUGUCCCCGGAAGAAGAAGUCCCUUGUGACCAUUAUUGCCACAACUACCUGGGCGGCUACUACUGCUCCUGCAGGGUGGGCUACGUUCUCCACCAGAACAAACACACCUGCUCAGCCCUGUGUUCAGGCCAGGUGUUCACUGGGAGGUCUGGGGAGCUCAGUAGCCCCGAAUACCCACAGCCGUACCCCAAACUCUCCAGCUGCACCUACCACAUCCGCCUGGAGGAGGGCUUCAGUGUCAUCCUGGACUUCGUGGAGUCCUUCGAUGUGGAGAUGCAUCCUGAGGUCCAGUGCCCCUAUGACUCCCUCAAGAUCCAAACAGAGAAGGGGGAAUACGGCCCAUUCUGUGGGAAGGCGUUGCCCCACCGGAUUGAAACCAACAGCAACAGUGUGACCAUCACAUUUGCUACUGAUGAGUCCGGGGCCCACACAGGCUGGAAGAUCCGCUACACCAGCACAGCACAGCCCUGCCCUGAUCCAACGGUGCCACCUAAUGGCUACAUUUCACCCGUGCAAGCCAAGUACAUCCUGAAGGACAGUUUUUCUGUCAUCUGCAAGACUGGCUUUGAGCUUCUACAAGGUCCUGUGCCCCUAAGAUCGUUCACUGCUGUCUGCCAGAAAGACGGAUCCUGGGACCGGCCAAUACCAGAGUGCAGCAUUGUUGACUGUGGCCCUCCUGAUGACCUACCCAAUGGCUACAUAGAAUACAUCACAGGCCCCCAAGUGACCACCUACAAAGCUGUCAUUCAGUACAGCUGUGAAGAGAUUUUCUACACCAUGAGCAGCGAUGGUAAAUAUGUGUGUGAGGCUGAUGGAUUCUGGACGAGCUCCAAAGGAGAAAAAUUCCUCCCGGUUUGCGAGCCUGGUAAUGGAUGCAUUUAUAAGACUCAUAGCUGACAGAGUAGAUGGAGGACAAGGGUAGGCAGACAUGGAAGCUCAGCAUCUGGCUUGGCUUGGGCUAAUGUAACUCCUAAGUGUGUUCUCAUCACCCCUUUGCAUAUGGAGGCUGCUAGGUGCUAGCUGCACUUAUUGAUAUUUUUGACCUUUAUGACUAGGCAAGCAUAAAAAAAUUAAAUGAUUUCUUAAAUUAUCUCAAGCCAUUUAUACAUAUAUAAACACAAAUUCUUGAGUUACUUUUCUCCUCUGUAAAAGUGCUAUUAAAACCCAAAGCUAAUAACUUCAUUAUUUCCCUAAGCAAUUGUUUUCAAUGACAUCUAGGUUUUUAAACAUUAAUGCAAUUUGCCUUUUAAUAGUAUUUAAUUUUUUAAACCAGAAUUGGCUCCAACAAUAGUUGAAUGCUUAAAAAAAAAUUUUAAGGUAAUAAUACACUCAUUACCCCUGAGUUAGCUGGCUUAAAUUAGUUUUCUAACCCUGUAUUUGGCUGACAUGCUACUUCUAAGUUUUAAUCAAAGUGCAAGGCCACAA